AGCUUGAGGUUUCCUGCUUCGUUACUGAUGUCACAAAGAUGUUUCCAGAGCUCACUCAAGUAUAAAGAGACAGGGGGGAUACCUCCACAGUUAUUACAUGACACAAUGAUUAUCACACUUAUUAGAAUCUUUACAUAUAUCCCGCUAGGACUGGCUCUGCGUGUGUCUCAGCCUUAUCGUGUGGUUGGGAAAGAGGGAGAAGUCCCCCUCCGCUGCUCCUUCAGUUCAAAGUUAAAGCCUGAGGAAAUGUGGGUAUCUCUAUACAAAGGUUUGCACGACUCUGAGAGGAUCUGCGGCGCUUAUGUCAAACUCGCUGAGCCCUACUUCGCAACAGAUGGCACAGUUAAUUGCAGAGGGAAUAUUAGCUCUGGAAGAGUGGACAUGAUCAUCGCUGGACUGCGAGGGAACGACACAGACCUCUAUCGCUGUGAGAUCGAGGUUCUCUUCCCACCUCCCUAUCUCAGAACCAUUGGGAGCGGCACUGUUGUUUACAUACAAGAAACUCCAAGCUGCCCCACUGCAUCCACCCAGAGCCAGAUUCAGAGCCAGAGCCAGACUUCAGAGCGGGAAGCUGUCAAAAAUGAUGUAGGCCCACUUCCUCUGCUAUAUGCCAUCCUAAUCAUCACUUCCUGCAGUUUAAUUCUACAGAUGAUCGCCUGCAGAUGGAGGGCCUCUACAGCCACGGCACCUAUGCUUUCACAAAAAGAGAGCUAUAUGAAAUUCUAAGGGGAUAUUAUCUCCGUUUGCAUGUACUCACAUGUAUUCUAACCUGCAUGUACUCCCCAGACAGCAACAUAGUGUUGGCCUAGAUUUGGAUCUGGGACGACACUGCAUGCUGUCUGGGUCACAUGUCAUUUUCUCCUGCAUGUAUUUUCAUGUAAUUUUAACCUGCAUGUAUUGGCAUGUACUCACUGUGUUUUUUAAUUACAUGUACUCACAUGAAUUCUCACUUGCAUGUAUUCACAUGUAUUUACACAACAUUUGACCACUGUUUUUGUUAUUUCGUUUUCUUUAUAUUUUAUUAGAAUGAAAUAAACAUAUUUACAUUUAA